CUCCACGCCCGCCUCUCUUGAGCCGGCUCUGCCGCGCCUUAGCCUGGACUGACUUCCCCUGGUCCUAGGCCGGGAUCGAGUCCCGGAGCCCCUCCCCAGUUUACCCCACAGCAGCUCACUCGCCUGGCUUCAGGCCUGGGGAUCGGCGCCCCCGCCCCGGAUGCGCCCUGACCCACCUCCCGAUGCAGCCCACCCCUCGUAUUUCUGGGAUCCAGCCCCAGGCUGGACUGGGAACCCACUCCUACCUGAGGGGCCUAUGCGAAUGGUUGCAGCUCUGGCCUGAGCAGAGGGUUAUCAGGCUUCUAGUCCUGGCUCUGCCAGCUACCCGCUGUGACAUUCGUCUAACCUCUUUCUCUUCCUCAGCUUGUUUCCCUCUCUGAUCUGGUGCACCAUUCCGUGAUCUGAGUCAGAGCUGCUCAGUUCCCUUCACUCUGCUGACCAGCACAGAAACAGCCUGAACUCUUCUCUCUGCUGACAGCAGGUUUUAGGUAAAGUCUUGAGAAAGAAGAAAUUGGGGCCAGAGAGGAAAGCGAGGAGAAUCGGAUCUCAGAUCUUUGGGGAGAAGGAGCUGUGAAGAGCAGCCCCAACUCCACUAUAGCGGAUCAGGUGGAAAGAGCAGGUUGAGAAGAGCCAGAGCGCACAGCCUCCCAGGAUAACAGCCCUGAACGGGCUGGUGCUGCCCCCAGCUACAAGCGUUCCCUCGGCUGCCCUGGGGAUGUGGUGGUGAGGCACAGCCCGCAGACCCUGCAGGGAGCGGGCUCCCGGGGCCAUGGCCCAGGUCAGCAUCAACACUGAGCAGGGCGAGUGGGGCUUGAGCACGGACGCCGGGGAGCGGGCCCGUCUGCUGCAGAGUCCCUGUGUGGACACCGCCCCCAAGAGUGAGGGGGAGGCCUCUUCUGGGGAUCUGGGCAGAGGCACCACUUCCACGCUUGGGGCCGUCUUCAUUGUCGUCAAUGCCUGCCUGGGUGCAGGGCUGCUCAACUUCCCAGCCGCCUUCAGCACAGCCGGGGGCGUGGCAGCUGGCGUCGCCCUGCAGAUGGCCAUGCUGGUUUUCAUCAUCAGCGGCCUCGUCAUCCUGGCCUACUGCUCCCAGGCCAGCAAUGAGAGGACCUACCAGGAGGUGGUGUGGGCUGUGUGUGGCAAGCUGACAGGCGUGCUGUGCGAGGUGGCCAUCGCCACCUACACCUUCGGCACCUGCAUCGCCUUCCUCAUCAUCAUCGGGGACCAGCAGGACAAGAUUAUAGCCGUGAUGGCAAAGGAGCCUGAGGGGGCCGGCGGGAGCCCCUGGUACACAGACCGCAAGUUCACCAUCAGCCUCACUGCCUUCCUCUUCAUCCUGCCCCUUUCCAUCCCCAGGGAGAUUGGCUUCCAGAAAUAUGCCAGCUUCCUGAGUGUCGUAGGCACCUGGUACGUCACUGCCAUCAUUAUCAUCAAAUACAUCUGGCCAGAUAAAGAGAUGACCCCAGGGGACAUCCUGACCAGGCCAGCUUCCUGGAUAGCCGUGUUCAACGCCAUGCCCACCAUCUGCUUUGGAUUUCAGUGCCACGUGAGCAGUGUGCCCGUCUUCAACAGCAUGCGGCGGCCCGAGGUGAGGACCUGGGGCGGAGUGGUGACGGCUGCCAUGGUCAUAGCCCUCGCUGUCUACAUGGGCACGGGCAUCUGUGGCUUCCUGACCUUUGGAGCUGCUGUGGACCCGGACGUGCUCCUGUCCUACCCCUCGGAGGACAUGGCUGUGGCCGUCGCCCGCGCCUUCAUCAUCCUGAGCGUGCUCACCUCCUACCCCAUCCUGCACUUCUGUGGGCGGGCGGUGGUCGAAGGCCUGUGGCUGCGCUACCAGGGGACGCCGGUGGAGGAGGACGUGGGGCGGGAGCGGCGGCGGCGGGUGCUGCAGACGCUCGUCUGGUUCCUGCUCACGCUGCUGCUGGCGCUCUUCAUCCCCGACAUCGGCAAGGUCAUCUCCGUCAUCGGAGGCCUGGCCGCCUGCUUCAUCUUCGUCUUCCCAGGGCUGUGCCUCAUUCAAGCCAAACUCUCUGAGAUGGAGGAAGUCAAGCCAGUCAGCUGGUGGGCGCUGGUCAGUUACGGAGUCCUCUUGGUCACCCUGGGAGCCUUCAUCUUCGGCCAGACCACAGCCAAUGCCAUCUUUGUGGAUCUCUUGGCAUAACCACUGCCUCCCAGGGAACACGUGGCCUUUGCCACUGGACCCAGGAUCCCAUCUCUUAGAGCUGCGGGGCCACCCUGAGUCUGGCAUCCUUCCCCCCUACUGGUGGGAUGACACCUGGACAUCCUUUUACAGGGACAGUUGUGGCGUGAAAUCAGGCCCCACACCUCUGGGCAGCUCAAACCCAGCUCUCUUGCUGCCUCCCCCAUCCUGGCAGUGCCGUGGAUGGUGGGAGGAGGUCUCGUGUUGCAGAGGAACCUUCCCCUUUCCUCCAACUCUCGAAUUCUCCGUGCCUGGAACCCAUGGAUGAAGAGGGCCAGAAGGUCUCAGAGGAAAGAACCCAGCCUGACUUCCCUCUGGAGAAAGUCUGGACAAAGGGCCGUCCUCCACAGAGCAGCCUGUCCUGAGUAGGGGCUGUGCUCACUACCCCCAGACACAGUGCCUGCUCCAGUCUCUCGGCAGCCCAGCCAGGGGUGACUUCCUCUAGGAUCUGGCAGUUUUCAAAGGUGACACUGAAAUCAGACCAAUGCGCAGAGGCAGAUAGAGUCAUGCUUGUCCACUCCCUCCUGGCCCACAGUGAGCCUGAUAGCCCUCUCUCCCCAGCUAAUUGACACUCCCAAGCCUUUGGCGCCUCACCCUAUCUCUUUCCCCAAACCUGAGAGUCCAGGCGUCCCUCUCCUCCUCCAUGCCCAGACAUCACCACGUCUAAUGUUUACAAACGGUGCCAGCCCGGCCUUGAACCAGGGCCCAGGGGCCAUCCCGUGCCACCGCGGUGCUGUGAGUACACCUCCGUUAGCUUUCCCAAGAGGGGAGUCUGCUUUUCUCUUCCGAGUCCAGAUGGGCCCCUCUUUUCUGAGGCACAAGGGUGGGUAAUGGAAAAGGCCGAGAACCUUUCAGACCCGUGCAGGCCCGGCUGCUCAGGACCAAGGUGACCCUGUCUGACCUUCACUUUCACCAACUGCCUCUC